AUGGCGACGCUGGAUAUCAGGCUGAAGAGAGCCAACAAGGUGUAUCGGGAGGGGGAGGUGAUAAAGGGGGCGCUGGUUGUGACGAGCAAGAGCGAGCUCAGCCACACGGGUAUCACGCUCGCCAUGGACGGGACCGUAUCCCUGCAGCUGAGCGCCAAGAGCGUGGGCGUGUUCGAGGCCUUCUACAACUCCCUCAAGCCGAUCAACCUCCUCAACUACUCCUUGGAGAUAUCCAAAGCCGGAAAACUACCAAGCGGGAGCACCGAGAUCCCGUUCGAGCUGCCCCUCAGACCCAAGGCCGGGAAGAAACUAUACGAAACGUACCACGGCGUCUUUGUCAACAUACUGUACACGCUGAAGGUGGACAUGAAGCGCCCGUUGUUGAACAAAGACAUGCAAAAGGUGUCCGAGUUUAUCGUGGAGUAUGCUCCGGGCGAGAAGCAGGAAGAGAAAGAGGUGAAGUUCACCAUUUCCCCACAGAGUCUUGAAAACGUCAAGGAUCGCGGCCGAGUCCCUGAUUUUCUAGUUUCGGGGAAAAUUGACACCGUCAACUGCUGCAUCACAAAGCCUUUCUGCGGCGAACUGACUGUAGAGCGCUCUUCCUCCUCAAUCAGAUCAAUAGAGCUUCAACUGGUUCGGGUGGAAACGUGCGGUUGUGCGGAGGGUUACGCAAGAGACCCGACGGAAAUCCAAAACAUUCAGAUCGCCGACGGAGACGUAUGCAAGGGUAUUGUGAUUCCUCUCUAUAUGGUGUUCCCUCGACUGUUCACCAGCCCAACGCUGGCAACGAGCAAUUUCAAAGUCGAGUUUGAAGUCAACGUUGUCAUAAUCUUUCACGAUGAUAGCCUAGUUACAGAGAACUUUCCAAUCAAGCUGUCAAGAUUCUGA